AUGGUUUGUCUGCUGGAAAAUGUUAUCAUAGUUACUGAGAAUGAUAAUAUCAAGCAUAAUUUGGCCUCUGUGUCCAAACAUUUCAGUGUUUCACAUUUUAUACUACAGUUGGACCCCGCCAAACUUAUGGAUGAACAAUUUAUCGCCGGAUUUUGUCGACGAGGCUUUGUUACAGUUCUACCAUUGAAGCCAUUACCAGAUUUUAGACUGUCUAUUGAGAAGUCCAUUCUAACUUUGGACAUGUCUCCGAUUGUAUACUCUGGUUUCGGAUUGUCAGCCAAGAAGAUUAAACGAAGCCAUAAGCAAUUUUUCUACCGAUUUCAAGCUGCUUUAAACACUUCAAAUUUUCAACGAAAUGGACCAUUGCAUUUACGUCUCCGAUCAUUCUUUAAGGCAUUCACCAACCCUGCAGAAUUAGGCACUCGUGUUCCUCGACGCCUAGCAGAUCUUGGGCCUUUCUUUGUUGAUUGGUUACCAGAUUCCUCAAAUACAUUGGUGGAACAUAUUGUGGUUAGACCACAUUGUGAAAUUCUUGACUACAACGGACCAUGUGUCCUCCUACCUGAUUUCGUUUCGUGGGAGAAAGUACCGUUUAAGCAGGAAGAAUCGAGUACUACAAGCAUAAAAAGGGAAAAUCCUCCAGAUUUUUUAAAUUUUGCAAACAUUCAAUUGGCUGCUUCAACCUGUGUUCCGAGCAGUGAUAAUCCAUGCUUAACCAAUUGUAGUUUGUCACCAAUUUAUUCGCAAACUAUAAGUGAAAUUAUUUCACCUGUCUAUGAGCUAAAACAGCUGAAAAUUGUUCAUCUGUCAGAAGACCAGAUAAAGUCUGUAUUGAUAGAAGAUCAAUGUGAGAAUGAAUUGGUAUACUUAUGUAAAUGUCCACUGAAAACUUCGGAUUCUUUGCAGUCUUUUAAACAACCUGCUGGCAAUUCUGGAACUUUAUUUGUAACCGGUAGACAAAGAUUAUCAGAUUCACAGAGCCCUCCAGUAAUCCUAGUUCGAUUCUAA